CGCCGGUGGUCCCCCACCACCGCCCCAAGCUGGAGCCGGCGGACACGCUGCCGUCGUGCGCCGGCGGCAGCACCCGGAACGCGCACACUCUCACAGAUCUGAGUUGCAGUAAUGGUGCCGAGGUGGAGCUGGUGAGCCUUAUCGAAGAACAGCUGCCUCGGUACCGCCUGCGAGCAGACACCCUCACCGAGUUUGGAGGUUACGACAAGGAAGAUUGGUCCAUUAUUCCAUCGCCGUGUCUUCCCAGCCCGGAGAAUCUGGACUUGCCACCUGAACUUAUCCAAGAGACGCUGAACUACUUUGUGGUGUCCGGAGAGCGGGUGAGCCAGAUGACGCGAACGUAUAGCGACCCGGAGGCCCUGACGCGGCUGUUGGAGGAGAAGGAGCGUGACCUGGAGCUGGCGGCCCACAUUGGGCAAGGCCUGCUGCGCGAGAAGCGGGAACUGGUUUGCCGCACGGACGCCCUGGAGGCGGAGCUGAUGCAAGCCCAGGAGUCGCUUACGCAGCUGCGCCACGAGCUGGCCCUCAAGGCCUCCCUCCUGCAGGUGUACACGGCGCAGGAGGAGGCCGACGCUGCCCUGCCCUCGCCCACCGAUGAUGACGAUUUUCCUGUGAGCACGUUGACUCGCAAGAUUCAUGAGCUGGAGGAGGAGAACUGCAAGCUCAAGGCUGAGUCCCAGAGCCAACUGAGCCACCUGGAGGAAGAGGAGAAGAAGGAGAUGCAGCUCAUUCGGGACUGCGUGAGGCAGCUGUCGGAUGUGACGAAAGAGUCGAGCCACCUCCAGGAGGAGCUGUGUCGGCGGACGGAGGUGAACCUGAGGCAGCAGCAGGACAUCCUGACCCUCAAUGCACAGCUCAACGACAUGCAGCGAUAUGCCCAGUCGCUGCGUGCAGAGGCGGAGGAGCUCCGGGCACAGCUGGCCCUGAGCCGUGGCCUGCAGGAACAGCAGUCGGAAGAGCUCCUGGAGGCCCGCGCCCGGUACCUGGACCUCAAGGAGGCCUUCCUGGAGCUGCAAGCGCAGCUGCGGCACCGCUCCCAGGACGAGGAGCCCCGACAAAACGGUGCUGCCAUCUGGGGCCGGUGCAGCGGCAGCAGUGGCGGCAGCGCCAGCGGCCCACCAUCCUUGGCUUGCGAGCUGCAGGCCUGCCUUGUGGACCAAGGGGACCAGACACCCAUCGGUAGUGGCAGCGGAGGACCCGAUGGAUUUUCUUUCAAGCCUGUCUGCAGCCCCUGGUCUCAGUCUGAGGAGUCUGAAGAGUCGGACUGCAACGACAGUCAAUACUCCUCGCUAAGCAGCCUAGGCCUGAGCCCUCGCAAAGGACGCCGGGGUUCCAAUCGUCGGCUCCCACAGAGUCCCUGGGGUCCUGUGGCUCGGCCAUUCCGCUUCUCUGACAAGCUGCUCAUGGUCAAGCCUCUGGAGGGUUCGGAGUUGCUCAAGCAAUGGCAGCGCCUGGCAACACCUGGGCUCAGUGACCUCUUCGAAGACCAAGGGUCUGGGGUCAGGUUAAAAGGCGGUCUCCCAGUACAGCCACCUCUGGAGGCUCCGCAAGAAUCCCCAGAUGGUGAUGAGGGCGGCCUCAAGGACUUGGCGGGAAAAGCCGCCCCUGGGAUUCCAGAUGGUGUGGCACUUAGGUGCUGGGUCCAAGGUCCAGGCUGGGAGCCGGAAGCGCCCUGGCUGCGGCUGCAGGCCUGCCUCUCCAAGCUGAGCAGCGGCAGUGGUGAGAGUCGGACGCCCAGUGUGCUGCUUCGGACCCAGCAGCAACAGGAGCAGCAGGAUAAGCCAGUCCCAGAGACGCCGCCAUCUUCCCCCGUGAUGCAGCGUCGCAGAGUCACCAGGCUUCUACGUGCAUACCGGGCUUCAUCGCGGUACUCCCACUCACCGGUACGACCAUCGAAGCUAGCUGUCGUCCACGAGGGUGCUUCAGCGGCGCAGCAGCAUGCGACGGAGUUGUUGCAGCGGGACACUUGCAGUAGUUCGGCAGUUGGCAGCUAGCUGACUAGAGACAGUGUGACUAGUGCUGCCGACCCAAGCGAGCUGUUUAUUGUAACUUUUUUUUAUCUUGUGAUGAUAUUUAUACAUCUGUUGUUGUCUAGUUGUUCCAAGGUUGGGAAGAGUCCAGAGGAUUAUUCAUUUAGGGUUUUCGUAGAGGUGCGGAACCCUGUGGGCACACAAUAGACGCACGAAAGGACCACUGCGAGGAGAACUCUGGUCGGUUUGGGUCCAGAGUUCACACUGCGAAUGUAAGCCUGCUCUUCUAGGGAAACCGUGCAUGCUCAAGGUAGCACGACUAGACUUGGCUUCCUGUAUUUUUUUCGGUGCGUGUGACACCGCUGUUUUAUUUGAGUGCCAGAAUAGUAGCUCAAGGAUUUAUUUUUGACCUGCUCUUUGUGCCGAGAAAUAACUGAAGAAAACACGUUGCAAUAGCUGCAGGAAUAGUACAAGCCACAUUCGUGAGCUGGUCCAUUCUUAGCCAUGUCCUGUUACCAAAAAAAACUAACACAUUAGGUGGAGUGCGUGUGCCCGACUGGGCAGAAGGCAAAAAAAAGGACCGACAUUGUCCCCAUGUAUCUGCAGACCUUACCCUUUAGGUGGCACUGCAGCAAGAUUGUGGCACCCUCUGGUUGCAGUUGUUGCGACUACGACCAUUCAGGAUUGCAGCAUUGCAUGAUUAUGCAUAGCGAGGCGAGCUUAGGACAGCCUGAUUAGAGUGGUGAGCUAUCAUUAUCAUCAUGAAUGAUGACAAGCUGUGAAUGAGUGUUCAAGAGUGCCUUCUUGUGGUUUUCUGCUGCUUUACCAGACAAUUUCAGUCAAGCUGAUAGCAUCUUUUAGUGAGAGUUGAGUCUGAUUAGUGGGCUUGAGCAUCUGUGGCUUCCGUAGGAGACAGGCAAGUUCUGUUUUUCAGAGAUAAGUUGCGCUGCAGAGGACGUAUUGCAGUGGUCCUUCGAGGUCUUUUAAGUUUCUGUAGGCGAGCUUGUUUUCAUUGGUAUUACGGUGUACCUGUAGGAAGCCUUGUUUUUAGCCUUGUGUUUUUCUUGCACUGUUGAUGCGUCCAUCUUAAAUGUUAAGCUUGUUGUUUAGGCACCUUGCAUCAUUAAAAAAGUGACCAUGUGGGGUCUAAACGGUAGGCGUAUGUUUUCAAGUCAUGUGCUGUCAUGUGUAGAUGUUUAUGUAUGACAGAGAUUGCGUGCAGGUCGGCGUGUGCUUGCGUACUUUGAAAUGAGGCACACAUGAAAGUGUGAUUAGGGCAGGACUGCUUUUCUAGUGAUGUUGAUGCCAUGGUUUUAUAAUGCUGUACGUUUCAUUAGAGUGAUGCACAAUGAUUUAAUUCAGUGCGUUGCUGAGCAUGAUGGUGCAUGCUUCGACCAGAAAUCUGGCACAUGGACAGGUUGUCAUUGCAGGAGUGCAGAAGGGAAUGCUGGUACAAAGAAACGUGACGACACAAGUUUGAGAGUUACAUUGAGCAGUGCUCGAAGAUGGUAGACGCCAUAUACAUAUAGCAUGCCCACAGAGCAGCAAAUGCAUCAAACUAGAGUUAAGCAGAUGAUUGUCCAGAAAAGUAAAUUUAGUUUCCUGGAUGAAAAUCUUUUAUUGCACUUUGGUGUAUGCUUUUGUAGCGUGCCACUCUGCGCAUGUGCAUUUGCUAAUUUAUUUAUAUUUAUUUAUCAAUACUGCAAGCCCAGCAAGUUUUGCCAUGGUGAGAAAUACCGUAUUCGGAAAAAAUGAAAUUGUCAGGAUAAAAUGAAAGCAGAUAAAUUCUAGGAAAAGUGAGUGAGCGCAGUACAAGCGUAAGCGCAUACACCAACACACUUUGCAGUGAUUCAGAAUCAGGAAAUGAAAGUAACGAAAAAAAAAUUCUUGUCACUGGCAACUGUUAGUGACUUGAAGCAAACGUCUGUAGAAAUAACUCGAAGAUUUCAUCACUUAUGCGUGAUGAAGCGUCUGUCCCUGUCACCUUUCUUGCUGUCCUCUGUGUUUGUGCCACAUUUCUGGUAUGGACAGUGAUACUGUAUCUGUAUUCUGGCUCUCUGGGCAGUGCUGGUUUCUCAACACUCAUUUUCAUGGGUGCUUCUUUCCAUUACAUCAUACGCUUUCCGAACUGUGUGAGCUCCGAAGCAUGCCUGUUCCUGCUUGACUUGUAGGCAGUGGGAAAAUAUGUUGGUUGUUGGUGCACCGCUUCGUUGUUGAGUGCUUACGAUGUGCCAAAAUGGCCUUGAUAGAGUGGUGGUUAGGCUUCGUGUGAGACAUUGAUAGCUAGCUUGUUUUCAACCUUUCUUCACUGGGGUUCCUGGGCUGUUUGCUUUAUCAAUACCAACCACAAAGCAGUGUCAGUAACUAUAGAGUGAUAGUAUUUAAUGACCAGUCUUCACGCUACCUUGCAGCAAAGAUAGGGUAGCUGUAGCCUUUGCGCAUCUGUACAAGAUUGUGCGGUCUAUAUUUACAAUAGUUGUUUCUUCGGUAUCCAGACAAUGAGUUUUAGCAUAGUUCGCAAGCGUGAGAUGUGCCUGCACUUAACGUGCAAUGUAAGACUGGCACAGUCCUGCUUGUGUUGCCUUGCAAAAUCAUUGUUGAACACUGUUGCCCAACUCAUUCGUCGUGCUGUUAGUUUGGGGAGGCCAACAUGAGCAGUGCUGUGGAGUCGGGUGUCACGUUUUGGUGUUGAUGCUAUGGCAUUCGACGUGGACCACCACCAGUUGACAGCAUUGCAGCCUUGCGUAUCGCGACAGCAAAAUGUAGCAUCCAUCAUUGAAGGACACUGCGAUGCCACGAGUGGUCAUGCGUUGGUGCCAACACUGCAGUAGUGAGACUUGAGCCGCUCGUGCACGGAUGUGAUGCGGAUAACAUGUACAAAGUCAAACUCACUUUUGCUGCCAUUGAUGCCAAGCAAACUGCCCCCAAUUAAUGUGGAUUCACACAAUGUACCUGCAUUUGCCGACUCAGUCUGCAAGCCAAGCGGGGCAGCUUAGCGCCAAAGAAUUGUGCUGCAAGCAGGGGUGAUAUUCUCGAACAAUCACCUUUGGGGAUAUGAUCGCUUUCUCAAGAUUUCGCAUCACUUGGCUCCUAAAGUGUUGACGUCUGCAAUUGAUAGUGUUCCUGGCUUUGUACCAAGACUGCGUACUUGGCACUGUGGAACGUUGUCAGGUGUAGAUGCCAACCUGUUUGAUGCCAAGUCACGCGAUAGCUCGCGAAAGUGGUUGUAUCUGCGAAAGUGAUCAUUCUGAAAUGUUGCCCCAACACAACUUUGCACAGUGCGAUUUGGUGCCACAGAGCGACAUUGCACCUUAUCAGUACACAGAUUCACGCUGUGUUGCGAAUGCAAUUGCCUGUCAGUCAUGUCAGUCUAUUGUGUGAAUCCGAUUCAGUUUCUCGGCCGAGUUUGUCAUGCGAAGCCAAUUCAGUCGUUGGUCGUGUGAAUCCACCACUAACGACCAAAAGCUAGUGUGUUGUUCUGUCAUGUGGGAACCCUCCUGAGUGCACUUAUCUGAAUGAAAGUGUCUGCAUGUGUUUCUGGGUGAAUUUACUGUAGUGGUACGCUGCCUUUACGUUGUGUACAGUCUCGAGUGUGUUCAUCAUUUUCCUGCGUGCUGUGCAGUUCAGGGUGCUUGUGGUCGAUCAUAUAGCUUCCCAUUUUAUUAAAGCAGUCUGUGCAGGGCGCAAUAGGUGUUUUUCAAGUGCGUGUUGUUCAAGGCCCAAGCAAAUCACUUCUUUGGGAAUCUCCAAUGUGGAAGGAGCUUCGUGGAAUGGAAACUUGUCAUUGACAUGAAAGUCGGUGUGAAGCUGCAAAGGAAAGGAUCCAGACAGUUUCAAAAAGAAAACCUCUCAGUUGAAGAAAAAUUUGCCACAAUAGGGCGAUCGAACCCAGCGCCACCAUCUUUCCGGACCUUACUAGCUGAGCUAACGAGGAGGCCAGCUAUUGGUAGGAUGAGAACAAAUUAACCAAAAAUCUGAAGUGACAAAGCAACUGAAUAACUUUGAGUAGCCAAUUGCCACAGAAAGGUGGCGGUCCUAGGUUUGAUACCUAAACUGGGACAAAUUCUUAUCCAACUGCAGUGCUUUCUUUCGCGGGAACCAUUUAGGGUUCCUUUGUAGUUAUCCACUACUUCUGGUUGAGUGGCCCUUCUCAUUUUAUCUGUUAAAGCUUGCAUAUUCCACAUCUUAGGGUGCAUAGCUUGAUAGCUGGUGAUCAGGGCUGUGUGGAGAAAGAGUGUAAGCUAUCGGGUAUUUCUUGUAGAUAUCGCUUUCCCGUACGAUGCAGAAUCUUAGUCAUCCAUUUCAGUGGACCUUGUGUCCUCUUGCAGUGCAUUAGGUUAAUACCAUUGCCUCAGCCUUCUUUUUCUUUAUAGUCGCCUUUCCUCCUGAAAUGACCGAGAAGAAGGGGAACUGAGAGGCCCGAUUUUUGUUAGUCACAACAAUAUUAUGAAGUUAAGCGUAAUGUGGAGGUUGUGGGCUCGGCUCCCGUCGGUGGCAAGUUGUUUUUUCCGCUCGGUUUCAUUUCCCUUUAGCUUAUCAUUUGUACACUUUGAUUGAAAACUACAAAUAACUUCUCCUAUGCUUUCCUUGGCUUCAAUAUCUGUUGGCUUAAUAUGGUUUUCUCCUGGAAAAUAUUAGUUACAACAGUAGUUAAGGAGAAGGUUAAAGAGUGUAGGAAAAGCAGCUUAGUUUUUGUGGCCAACAUUGGCUUUCAAGCUGUGAAAUAGAACUGUAGUAGUGGCAGUAUGAGGCAGUGAACGUUGCACAAAAUAGGGUUUUUGUGUUGUAACUGAGCAAGAGGCAAACCCGUUAUUAGUUGCAGCACGUGAACAGAGGGCAGCUAAGGAAAUCAGGUUUUAUUUUUGUGGCAGCAUUUUGCCAAGACAAACUCGUUACAGGCCAGCAGAAGUACGCUAACAAGUUUUUCAUUGGACUGCAUAGUAGGCAAGAAGCACAUGAAAGGGAAUCCUUAUGCAUUUUGGCGUACGAAUAUGGACAAAGCUGUUAGCGGCGUUAUAACCGAGGAAAUCUGUCUUUGUUCAUAGUUUCAGAAGGAGUUUAAUGUUUCCUCUAAUCAAUCAAUGAAUCGGUCACUCAGUAAUAAGUGUCACUUAUACAACUGAAUAAAUAUAUACAAAAUAUACUUGGAUCAAGUGUGAUAGCUUGAGCCAACUUGUGAAUGCAAUACAUGGCACACAGGUUCACGUGUUCAAGAAUGCUUGGUGGUACAUGGGAAGCAGGGGCUGUGUUCCCGAUUGCAGAGUUUGUCUGCCACUUGUACAGGAGGCGUGUCUCUAGUGUGCUUGCGCAGUCUGUUAUUGUGCUUGUGAAAUAGCCACAUCUUUGGUUAGAGCUAGUUUAGCUAGGUUAUUCUCAUCGGGUGUUGUACGCUUAUGGAACUCAGCUUGCAGUCACUUAACUCUUUGUUUGGCUCUUCUCGACUAUACAGACUUUCUGUAGAUGAGGAGGGGAUCCGCAGAACUGAAGUUGCAUUUGUGGGUGUGGUAUGCUGAAAGGCGUGUUGAGAACACCCGCUUGCAUUGGCCCGCUGUUUUCAGCUUGAAUGUAGUACAGCACUACAGUGGCCCUCGUGUACAUACCUGUCGUGAGUGACGAAAAGCAUUUGCGGUGCUGAGCUCACUUUGAGUCUGGCACGUCAAGAGCUUAGUGUAAGAUGUAACUGGCAAUGGUUACAUUUCUGCAUUAGCCUAUUACAGAAAGUUUGCCUUUCUGCCCGAGUGUCGUGUAUGGAAGGCGUUUUGUUUGUUGAUUGCAAUGCAAGGUCACUGGUAACGUUUCUACCUACUCUAGUCGUACGCUGAACCCCGCACAGAAUGGCUCGUUUCUCCACAAAUUGUCUCUUGUGCCUUUUGUUGUCAAGUUUCGUAUGAUUUUUUGUUAACUGAAGGGUGUACCUUUGAUGCAAGUUAUUCUGGGAUGAUGUGAAGGGGAUUGUUCCUUUCAUCACUGAACCAGAUUACAGGGAUGCAAAUGUUAAAUAGUAAGUCAAACUAACACAACAUACUAGUGCCCCAGGAUGUGCAGAGUGUCAUAUUUAUUGAGUGGUACAGUUUUUGUGAGAAGAAAAAUGACAUAAAAAAAUGCCGGUUUCAUGACUGUGACUUUCUUGGAAAAGCAAAUUGCUGUCACAUCAAAAGAGAGUGGGAGUUGGGUUCAGUUCACAUUCUGGUCUAUUGCUUUCAUACUUUUUCUGACCAUACACGGCCAUCCUAUGGUGUUUUUAGGCAAACGUGACAGAUAUUGCAUAUGUCCUUGCGCUCCUUUUUUUUUUUCUAUUUUGUGUCAACAUCAGACCUGUGUUCUACUAAACUGGCGUACAGCAAUCGUUACGUGGCACAUAAAAACCCCAGAAAAAAAAAGAACGAGUGUCAUAGUGUUUGUUUCUCAUUGUUUCUGUCACUCUUGUCCAGACUUUAUGCUGUAGUUUAUCUUGGGAGAAAAAUGAGUAUUUGAAAAAAAAGUUUGGCAGACAGUAUUCUACCUCUUAAGCUAUGUCCGUCCACACAAUUCAUUUCCUGUCUGCUGUGCUUGUUCAGCGUGCGCAUGCAUUUUAGGCCAGACUUGUGAUGCCGACUAGUGGCAGCCGCGUUCUUUUCAAUCCAUUGUUGAUCGAAUAACACGACAAGCGAUAUUUAUGCCCAUAAAUAAAACUCUUAAUCACUUUUCAUUUUACCGUGCUGAACAUUGCUACCAUAAGUAAACUACAUGCCAAGUUAUUUAAUUGUCCAGGUUUUUGUUUAGAGAAUAGAGAUUUCUUUAUAGAAAGACUGACUGUGAGACACCUGUUGUCUUCGCAUAUGCACUCUACGGCAAGGCGGAAAUACUUUGCCAUAGGUCAAGUUAUUCUGAAAUGACUAAUUAAAAAUUUUGAUAAUUAAAUUUGCAUUAAAGGCAUUGAGACACCAAAUUUUGAGGCUAUAAAACGCCUGCUGUAGACUUCCUCUGUAUGCAAGGGUACUUAACAUGAAGUGUUGGACACAGCAAACGUUUGAAAUAUAUUUUAAUUCACUUCCAAAGAGUGCCUAAAUGCUCGUUCUCGCAAUCGAGACUCAUCGCUAGUGCAAUGGACACCGACGUCACUGUGUUGGAAGCGUAACGAAAGUUUUAGUGACGUCAUACCACAUUAGAGUGACAAUGAAUGAGUGGUGGCCCACAGCAUCGGGUAAGCCUAGAGUGCAGUGAGCCGCAUCGGCUGCGAACCCACACUCACUCGCCUAGUUUUUCUCAGCAUAUUGCCAAACUGGCCAAGCACGUGUGUGCAACAGCAGAUGAUGCAGCAGUGCAUGCGUCAGUUUUGUGGGCCCACGUGACCAAGCUUCCUAGACAGUGGACCUCUUUGAUAUUCGUCCCUGACAGUCCUGGACUGUUCGAGACAGUGCUUUCAGCCAAUGAGCGUUGCAUAUGCAGCUUCUCCGGACAGUCCGGGACUGUCAGAGACGGAUAAUCGAAGAGGCCCAGUGACGUCACUGUCCAACUCGGCACCCAGAAACCGAAAUCGAAAAUUGUUCACCUAUAUAAUGUGAUAUUAAAUGAUUUACCGAGAAUAUAUGAAUCUUCGAGCGUGUAUCAUGCUUCCUGGAGCAACAAAAAAAGUUUGAAACAAAGAAUGCCAAAGCCACAAAUUUGAUGUCUCAUCCCCUUUAACUUGGGGCAGUUGUUUAUGUGAAAAACUUAUAGGGCAUUGCACUUUAUAGCAUACCCACUUUUUUUUUAAAUAGAAAAAAUCGCACGUACGUUGAGAUAUUCAUAAUCGGAAUUGAAGGCCAAGUCCAGGCAGUAUCGAGACUGAGCGCAUGCUGCUGCUCGUCAGAUGGCAAUGCCCCAUAAAGAAGUGUAGGGUGAAGUUCGAAUGAUGGCAUGCUGGACAAAUCCUGGCCCAACACACAGUGGCACACGCUUGCCAGGCAAAGCGUGUGUAUCGGUAGCUGCCGCGACUGGCCGAGACGUUCACUUUCAAAUUUCCUCGCGCUUGUCAUCAUGGGGUCUUUUGGUCUGAUAUGAUAGCGGGGCCGCCUUUUCUGCACUCCCGUGGCACCUGCUUUUGAUAUUGCCUGGAUUUACUAUUGAAAUUCGAUAAUAAGUAUCUCAAAUUAGGUGCGGUCUUCAAGAGCAUUAAAAAAUGAGGGUGCAUUAAAGUGCGACUGCCUUCAAACUCAUCAUUUGGACAAAUGGCCCUAAGGCACUAAUAAAAAAAGUACAUUUACAAUAUUUUGUUAAUUAGUCUUCUGAAGCUCACAUUAUUAGUAGCAAAGUAUGUCCACCUCGCCUAGGAACUUCUCUGUGAAAAUGCCAUGUUCGCUGCACUUGUAGCUUUUUAAAAAAAUUCUGUAUUGUGUGGAAAAAAAAAGUGUAAAUUUGCUAUUAUUUUUGGCACCACAAUAUUGUGCAAUUUGAAAUUUUUUUCAGUCUAUUCUGUGUUACUUUUUUGGCAGUUUCAACAAAACAGUGUAAUAUCUUUUUUCAUUUGGAACCUGACUACACUACAGACAUUGUAAAGGAGCGGAAAUGCAACCUGCUGACGAAAUGUUACAGCUGCAUAGUGCACAGAAUGGCAGUGUUUUUUUUUUUCUUUUUUUUUCAGAUAUAUUAUAUGAUGAGUUAUUUGCUGGAGGAUCAAGGACUGGCCUUAUGUGUUGAGCUUUUCCUGUACGGAAGUGCGUACAGGCCCAGUUUUGGCCGUUGUUGUAGUCUGUGAAGUUUGAACAAUGUGUAAAGUUUAAGUGCACAGCAUCCGUAAUGCACUGCUUCACAUUACUACUACAACUAAACUAUGAAGCUGUUGCGCCCUGGUGGUAUUAUACUGAACUGAAAAAAAAAAAUCAAACUGCAGUUCUUGAACUGUGUCCUAAAUCACACCGAUGUUGCACAUGCUGGCAAAUGUACCAAGACAGAAACAUAUUCUGGUUUAUUUUAACUUGUUUGCAUUUCACAUUAGUGUUGACAGUAUGCUAUAAGGGGGCACUGUGACAGCUAUCUUUUCACAGAGUGACCAGCUGUGUGAAAAAAAAAAAAAAAUGGUGGAAAGAGAAAUUUUUUUUUUUAGUAUGUUGCAACAUGUCUGAUGUGUGUUCACGCAGCAGCUAUCAAACUGUUACCCUUUGUGCAAUGUAUGCGUGCAUGUUAAGUAAGAAAGCUUUGCUUCUUAUGCCUGCGUUUAAAUACAACGAAGAAAGAAAAACACGAUGUAAUCAAAACAACAUGUGGACCUGGUUCCUGCAAAUAUGUUUUUACAUCUUCAAGGAAAACACAUUUGUAUGGGAGUUGACUGUGUGCGUUGCUUCCAUCACACAAUAGUUUAAAGUAUGGUAAAGUGGUACUUCAGCUUUGGCUAGUACUGUAAAUUGCAUUUUUCCUUUGUGCAUUCAGCAUUUGUGUGGCCUUUGCGAAAGGUUCAGUCUCUGUGCGUGUGACCAAGGCUGCAGUGGCUAAUGUCUCCUGCUGCUCAUCAUAAGCCUUCGGGCUCAGUGACCGUCUGCGAUUACACCAUGCCCUUAGAUCCACAAUGGGAAAUGCCUUUGUUCCGAGAUUUCAGUCAUAGGUGAUCAUAUUCAAUACAGAGCUGUUGAUGAUGCAGCCCCUCGCAACUCAUGUGAGGUUCUGAUGUUUCAGAACCCCUAAAUUGUAUAUUUAUCUCUUGGCCCGCAGUGGGCACUCUGUGAUUGUGGUGCUCCACGGUCAAGCAUAUGGUCCCAGGUUUGAUUCCAAGCUCAGCUGUGGCAGCCACACUUUGAUUGAGGGAGAACGCAAAAAUGCUCAUGUACCGAGUUUUAAGUGCACAUUGAAGGCUGAAAUUAAUCCAAAAUUUUCAACUACGAUGUCUGCUAUAGCCCCUGUACGAUUGGAAACAAUACACCAAAUAAAUCAAUAAAUCAAUCUUUAAUUCUUGAGUCUCUUGCCAAGGCACAUGAACAAGCUGUUGCUAUUCUGGCACUCCAAAGCUUUGGUCACACGCACUGUGGCAUGCACACUUUUGACGAAGACCAUACAUGUUGUUUUCCAUGCUUCGCAGUUUAGUGUGUGUGUGUGUGCCGCUGGUAUUGUAAGUUUGGUAGAGUACUGGUUCUUUUGUAUUUAUAUCUGUUUUGUGUGAUGGGAGUAUUUUAGGACACGGUACGUUGGUCUGCCUUGCACUUCUCUCCCUUUGAAUGCAAACCCGCUGCACUGUUGGCGGUUAUGUGACCUGUUGCUUGAGCAUGCUGUCCUUUGUGCCUACGGAGUGGAGAGAACUGUGAAGGUGCGGCGCCGCAGAAGCUACUUUAGAAAGAUGUUAUUUAUUUCUUGCAAUGGCAUCGGAAGGAAAAUAAACUAUGUGCAAGAA